UGGGCCUGGAGGAUUUGGGGGGAGGGCCCCCGGGCUCGGGGUGGGGCGGGCUUAUGGUGAUGACAUCCUGACGCUGCCUUGGGUAUAGGCUGGGCCAUGAAAGAGGAUAAGGAGAAAGCGAGGCCCAAGGAGAAGCGGCCGCCCUCCUUUUCAGUCUCGUCUGCAGCGGCGACAGCAGCGGCGGCAGAGACAGCGGCGGCGGCGGUCACUGCAGCGGCGGUCACCGCGGCGGCGGCGGCGGUCACUGCAGCCUCAGCCCCGGCUCCCGCUCCGGCCCCGGCCCCCGCCCCAGCCCCAGCCCCACCCCCAGCUCCAGCUUCAGCUCCAGCUCCGGCUCCGGCUCCGGCUCCGGCUCCGGCCUCGGCUUCGGCGGCGGCAAGCGCGGGCGCGAGCUUCAGCGGCGCCGGUUCCGGGGACAGCGCCAAGACCCAGGACAGAAAGGGCGAGCGAUUCAAAGAGAAGAAGGAGAUGCUGAGCAAGGUGAUCAUUCGGAGGCUGCCUCCUACUUUGACCAAGGAACAGCUUGAAGAACACCUUCAACCUCUGCCUGAACAUGAUUAUUUUGAGUUCUUUGCAAAUGAUUCUAGUUUGUAUCCUCACAUGUUUUCUAGAGCGUACAUCAACUUUAAAAACCAGGAGGACAUUGUUUUGUUCAGGGAUCGAUUUGAUGGUUAUGUUUUCGUGGAUCAUAAAGGUCAGGAGUAUCCUGCCAUUGUAGAAUUUGCUCCUUUCCAAAAAUCGGCAAAAAAGAAGAACAAGAAGAAAGAUGCCAAAACCGGGACUAUUGAGGAUGACCCCGAGUACAAGAAAUUCUUGGAGAGUUAUUGUGCAGAGGAAGAGAAACUGACGUCCACUCCGGAGACUCUGUUGGAAGAAAUAGAAGCAAGAAAUAAAGAGCUGAUAGCCAAGAAGACAACUCCCCUUUUGAACUUCUUGAAAAAUAAACAGAGGAUGAGAGAAGAAAAGAGAGAAGAGAGACGGCGGAGAGAGAUCGAGAGAAAAAGGCAGAGAGAAGAAGAACGGAGAAAAUGGAAGGAAGAAGAGAGGAGAAAAAGAAAGGAUACAGACAAGAUAAAGAAGAUUGAAAGAGGCCCAGAAAAAGAGAGGGAUAGAUCAAAGGAUGAACCAAAGAUUAAGUUGCUCAAGAAGCCAGAAAGAGGAGAUGAAAAAGAAUUGGAAAAAAGGGAAAAAGCCAAGAGGUUGGACAAAGAGAAUCUGAAUGAGGAAAAAACCAGUGGGCAGAGUAGUGCCGCGGCCAAGCGUUCUGAUGGGGAGACGAAAGAAGAGAAAGCCAAGAAAUCGGAAGAUGAGGGUGGCAAAGACCACAGGGAGAGGGACAAGGACUAUGAAAGAGACAAGGAGCGAGAGAGGCAGCAGCGAGAGAAGGAGAAGCUGAGACGGCAGGAAGAAGACAAACGGAGACAAAAGGAACGCUUUGAGAAGGAGAAGACCUUUAGAAGAAAAGAAGAGGAAAUGAAAAGGGAAAGAGAUCUACUUAGGGACAAAGGAAAGAGGAAUGAUGGUACAGAUUUAAUAGGCACCUCAGACAGAAUGACCAAAGAGGACAGAAAAGAAGAUGCAGCGAAAAGAGAUCGCAUAAGAAACAAGGACCGCCCAGCAAUGCAACUCUACCAGCCAGGUGCCCGGAGCCGGAACCGCCUGGGACCCUAUGAAGACAGCUCUUUGAAAUCUGCAGAGCCAGCACCAGAUAAAAAGCAAGACAAUGAGAACAAUAGUAGGAAAGAAGAGGAAUGAUGGGCCCAGAUAGCUAACUGUUCUGCCUGUGCAGACAGCCAAAGACAGGAAUCAAGCAGUCUAGCAGUACCUUCAGAAAGAAGGAUUAGAGAGAAAGAAUCUCAGAGGGUCCAGAUGCUGGUGGGGGCUACCUUUCAGAUGAGCAUGUUGGGGAUGAGGGGGGAGAGAAGUGGAAAUCUUUGUUCAAGAGGCUAAAUUCGAGGCGAUUCUUAUCUAUGCAUCUAUAGGAAUUUUAUUUUAGGGUUUUCAGAUAACCAUGAGGAUGAGGAAAAUGAUUUGAGGAUGACUUACUUGAUUUGAGGUCUGCUUGAAUGUGAAAAUGUCUUCUGUGGCCUUAAUCAUGGCACAUCUGUGUGCUAACAGUCCCAAGCCUGUACCUGAUAUUGAAAGGUUUUGGUCAGCAGAGCUGAGAACGCUUUCAUUUGAGGGCGAAUUGAGCCACCUCUGAAGGAGGGCUUGGCUCCACCUUAGUCAUACUGCAUCAUGGGUAUUAAUUACCAAAUCGGAAUUGGCCGGAAGCAGAAAGCAUCUUAUUACUUUAGGCCCAGAAUUUGAAUAUAGGUUAGUAUAUGAGAAUAUUUCAAGUAUUUCUUCUUUGGGGGGGCCCCUUUUUUUCUUUCAAACAGAAUUACCCAAAAUUCAGCCCUCCAAAAUUUGUCAUUUCCAUCCUUGCUUCAUCUUACCAUCCCCACGCAUGAGUACAUUUCCUGUCUCACGCACAAUGGUCACCAUCACCUAUGGUCACCUUUUAUCAUAGGAACUUUCAGUCUUCAUUAUUUUGUACAGAUAUCAAUAAAGAUCUGACCAAGCAGUAAA